UAAUCGUGCUAUUCGCCCGCGGACGAAUUCUUCAUGCCGUUCGUUACCGAUGCUGGUGACAUCAUGACACCGCCUGUAUAUUCUUCGUAGUCAUUCGACAUCAAAAAUAUAUGGCUUCAUCGGUCUUGUCGUUCACUUUCUUGGCUCGAAAACAGGACUUGAAUUAAAAUCGUAUUUAGAAGGUUACUUCGAUGAAAAAGCAUUGUACAACGCAAAAGCCUACGGCUCAUCGCAAUCAAGCAGUAUUUGAGCUACAAGUUAUUUCGCUCUACUGAGUUUUUUCCUGAAAAAUGACGGAGUUUCUCGGUGGCCUCGGGUUGGGAGAUGAUGGUGGGGGCGUGGAUACGACCGCCGACCCCCUUCCCCCGGCGUUGCAGGCGAUUCCCGGGCGAAAACAGAAGUACAAGCAGGCGCUCACCCGGGUGACGCACGGGCUUCCCAGCAAGUGUGCGUCGCAGAGCGGGAAAGGCACAAAUACCUGCGACGUGAUGGGGCAAACGAUCUCGCACCGCUUCAAGUUUCGCCCGGGUGAGGACUUUUUCUUCCUGGGCGCACGACCCGGCGAGUACGGAAAACCACCUAUGAUUUCCCCGGCCGUCGCCGGAUCCCCAUCUGCAGCCAUCGUACCCAUGCCCGGAGCGCAGGAUCCUUCGGUAAGAAUGUGAUUCAAGCAUCAACUACUGUGAAUUUGAUAUUUUAUGCCUAUUGGAUGAACUAGGAUGUCCUCAUUAUUGUAGACGCGAAUCCACCACCUUCAAGUUCAAAAUGAGCAAUUUUAUCUGUGCUGAUGCAUAGCACAAAUCCUCGCGUCGUCGUCAAUGUAAAAAUCCGAAUCAAAACCCCAGAUGAUGAUGCAGUCUGCGGGCGCGUAUGCGGCAGAAAGCAAACGAGCAGCGCUUUACAGCAAUGAGAUGCUGCACCUCGCCCGCCACCUGUACCGCUCGUUCCUGCAAAAAGCGAAACAAAACUACGGCUGGCACCCGAAGGUGACCGGCUACAUAGGCGCGGACAGCUUUCCACUCUAUUGAGGUUGUAGCGUUGGUGGACGAUAAGAACAAGGUUAUACAACUCAUGAAUGUGCGGUUUUAUUUCAAAGUAUAGUUUUGAUGCGUUCGCUUCACCAUCCCGCCAACGAGACGGCCCGUUGACGUUGAUGUUACUCGACAUAUGCCUCAGUACUAGCUAGUUGAUCUUGAUGAUAAAAAAC